GUAGGUGGUUUUGCUUUUGUCUAUGAAGCGCAAGAUCUUGGAAGUGGCAAAGAUUAUGCUUUAAAGCGAUUGUUGUCUAAUGAAGAAGAAAGGAACAAAGCCAUCAUUCAGGAAGUUUGUUUUAUGAAAAAACUUUCAGGUCAUCCCAAUAUUGUCCAGUUCUGUUCUGCUGCAUCUAUAGGAAAAGAAGAAUCGGAUACGGGACAAGGAGAGUUUCUUCUGCUUACAGAGCUGUGUAAAGGACAGCUGGUAGAAUUCUUAAAGAAAGUAGAAUCCAAAGGGCCUAUCUCCUGUGACACACUUUUGAAGAUCUUUUAUCAGACCUGCAGAGCAGUGCAGCAUAUGCAUAAACAGAAGCCUCCUAUUAUCCAUAGAGAUUUAAAGGUGGAAAACUUGCUUAUUAGUAACCAAGGGACAAUUAAACUGUGUGACUUUGGUAGUGCUACAACUAUAGCUUACUAUCCUGACUACAACUGGUCCGCUCAGAAGAGAGCACUGGUUGAAGAAGAGAUCACAAGGAAUACAACACCAAUGUACAGGACACCAGAAAUGGUAGACUUGUAUUCAAAUUUUCCAAUUGGUGAAAAACAGGACAUUUGGGCUUUGGGCUGUAUCCUGUACUUGCUGUGCUUUAGGCAGCAUCCAUUUGAAGAUGGAGCUAAACUUCGAAUAGUCAAUGGGAAAUAUGUCAUCCCACAAAAUGACACCCGCUAUUCUGUGUUUCAUGAUCUCAUUCGCUUCACUUUGAAGGUGAAUCCAGAGGAGAGAUUGUCAAUCACUGAACUUGUGAAUCAACUGCAGGAGAUUGCGGUGGCUAGGAAUGUGAAUCCUAAAUCACCCAUCACAGAGCUCUUGGAACAAAAUGGAGGCUAUGGAAACAAUGCUCAGCCUUGGACAUCUGUGACCUCUGUUUCACAGAGCUCCAAGCCUGCAGGACAGCUCAACAAUAUGUACAAUGCAGGCCUGACCGUUGCGGAAUGUGACCAGACUUAUGGAGGGUUCUUUGAUAUUCUGAGGGGUGGAACAGAGCGAUUUUUCACUAAUAUUAAGGAUACAUCUUCUAAAGUUAUCCAGUCUGUGGCCAAUUAUGCAAAAGGAGACUUGGAUAUAUCCUACAUCACUUCCAGAAUUGCUGUGAUGUCCUUUCCAGCUGAAGGUGUAGAAUCUGCCAUCAAAAAUAACAUAGAAGAUGUGCGGUUAUGUCUGGACUCUAAGCAUCCUGGCCACUAUGCUGUGUACAAUCUGUCUCCAAGAACAUACAGGCCUUCAAGAUUCCAUAAUAGGGUUUCUGAAUGUGGCUGGCCAGCAAGACGAGCACCAAAUCUUCAGAAUCUUUAUAGCAUAUGCAAGAACAUGCAUUUAUGGCUGAAACAAGACCAGAAAAAUGUUUGCAUUGUGCAUUGCCUUGAUGGAAGAGCAGCGUCUGCUGUUGUAGUUUGUUCUUUUUUGUGUUUCUGUCGUCUCUUCACUACUGCUGAAGCUGCAGUUUAUAUGUUCAGUAUGAAACGCUGUCCUCCUGGCAUUUGGCCUUCUCAUAAAAGGUACAUUGAAUAUAUGUGUGACAUGAUGGCUGAAGAACCCAUUAUUCCUCACAGCAAGCCCAUCCUUAUCAGAUCAAUUGUCAUGACUCCAGUCCCUCUUUUCAGUAAGCAGCGUAAUGGCUGCAGGCCUUUUUGUGAAGUUUAUGUGGGAGAUGAGAGAGUAACCACUACCUCCCAGGAAUAUGACAAAAUGAAGGAGUUUAAAAUUGAAGAUGGAAAAGCAGUAAUUCCAUUAGGUAUAACAGUCCAGGGAGAUGUUCUCAUUGUGAUCUAUCAUGCCAGGUCAACACUAGGAGGCCGACUACAAGCCAAGAUGGCUUCAAUGAAGAUGUUUCAGAUUCAGUUUCACACAGGUUUUGUGCCCCGAAAUGCCACCAUAGUGAAGUUUGCCAAGUAUGAUCUGGAUGCCUGUGACAUACAAGAAAAAUAUCCUGAUUUAUUUCAAGUCAAUCUGGAAGUAGAGGUGGAGCCCAGAGAUAGACCUAGUUGUGAACAGCCACCGUGGGACAACAUGAAUAUAAAGGGACUGAAUCCCAAGAUCCUUUUCUCCACCCGAGAGGAACAACAAGAGAUUUUAUCAAAAUUUGAAGGAAAAAGUCCGGAAAGUGGAAUAGAGGACAGUUCAUCUAAAAAAGAUAAUGUUCAAGUAUCUGACAGGGAGGAGAGUGAUCCUUCAGAUGAGGAAUUUCCUACAUUUUCAGGUGAAGAAAGUACAGUAAUUGUUGAUGAAAAAGACUCUACUACUCCAGAAGGCGAGUUGCUUUUUGAAGCCAGUUUUGAAGCUCCAUCUGCACUGUCAAAACCUCUUCCUGAAGAGAAUGUAGACUUACUGGGACUAGACUCUGAUAUUCUACCAGAAGAGAAACAACCUAUCUCAGAAAUAAGCUCUUCAUCAAGUAAUGCAGACCUGUUGAACAAUCUGUUUGUGGGUAAUGCGUCACAGAUUUCAGAAGAGCCCACUGGAGAUCUUCUUGGGCAAGGAACAGAUUUCUUUUUCAGCAGUCAGUCUCAGUGUCCAGCUGCUACUCAGGGCACGUCUUCAGCAGCAGCCAUGUCUUCAGCUGAUCCUUUUGACCCAUUCGCAAUGUCAUCAAGUUCAGAGACUCAAGCUCUCUCUGGUCCAGACCUGUUUGGGGGCUUUCUUAAUCCAAGUUCAACUACAGCUAGUACAUUUCCUUCCACACACAGCUCGCUUCCACCUUCUUCCAGCUCAGAUUUCUUAAAUUUAG